CGUCUGGUCCGCGACUCGCGCUUCGCCGAGGCGGUGCAGCUGCUGGGCGGGGAGGUGCAGCGCAGCGCGAGGAGCCGCGCCGGCCUGUCGCUGCUGGCCUACUGCUACUACCGCCUGCAGGAGUUCGCGCUGGCCGCCGAGUGCUACGAGCAGCUCAGCCAGCUGCACCCGGAGCUGGAGCAGUACCGCCUGUACCAGGCCCAGGCCCUGUACAAGGCCUGCCUCUACCCAGAGGCCACCCGCGUCGCCUUCCUGCUGCUGGACAACCCCGCCUACAACAGCCGGGUCCUCCGCCUGCAAGCCGCCAUCAAGUACAGUGAGGGCGACCUGCCAGGGGCCCGCAGCCUGGUGGAGCAGCUGCUGAGCGGGGACGCAGGCGAGGACAGUGGCGGCGAGAGUGAGCUCGAUGGGCAGGUCAACCUAGGGUGUCUGCUCUACAAGGAGGGCCAGUAUGCGGCCGCGUGCGCCAAGUUCUCGGCGGCCCUGCAGGCCUCCGGGUAUCGGCCUGACCUUUCCUACAACUUGGCUUUGGCCUAUUACAGCAGCAGGCAGUAUGCCCCAGCUCUGAAGCACAUCGCAGACAUUAUUGAGCAUGGCAUCCGCCAACAUCCGGAGCUGGGUGUGGGCAUGACCACGGAGGGCAUCGAUGUUCGCAGCGUUGGCAACACCCUAGUCCUUCACCAGACUGCUCUGGUGGAAGCCUUCAACCUCAAGGCAGCCAUAGAAUUCCAGCUGAGAAACCAUGAAGCGGCCCAGGAAGCCCUCACUGACAUGCCACCCAGGGCAGAGGAGGAGUUAGAUCCCGUGACUUUACACAACCAAGCUCUCAUGAACAUGGACGCCAAACCUACAGAAGGAUUUGAAAAGCUGCAGUUCUUGCUCCAACAGAACCCCUUUCCCCCAGAGACUUUUGGCAACCUGCUGCUGCUUUAUUGUAAAUAUGAGUAUUUUGACCUGGCGGCAGAUGUCCUGGCAGAAAAUGCCCAUUUGACUUACAGGUUCCUCACACCCUAUCUCUAUGACUUCUUGGACGCCAUGAUCACUUGCCAGACCGCUCCUGAAGAGGCUUUCAUUAAGCUUGAUGGACUAGCUGCGAUGCUGACAGAGCAUCUUCGGAGACUCACUAUUCAAGUACAGGAAGCCAGACACAACCGAGAUGUUGAAGCUGUCAAAAGGGCCGUUAAUGAGUAUGAUGAAACCCUUGAGAAGUACAUCCCUGUGUUGAUGGCGCAGGCCAAAAUCUACUGGAACCUGGAAAACUAUGCAAUGGUAGAAAAGAUCUUCCGCAAAUCGGUGGAGUUCUGUAAUGACCACGAUGUGUGGAAGUUGAACGUGGCUCAUGUUCUGUUCAUGCAGGAGAACAAAUACAAAGAGGCGAUUGGUUUUUAUGAACCCAUUGUCAAGAAGCAUUAUGAUAACAUCCUGAAUGUCAGUGCUAUCGUAUUAGCGAACCUCUGCGUUUCGUACAUCAUGACGAGCCAAAAUGAAGAGGCUGAGGAGCUGAUGAGGAAGAUUGAAAAGGAAGAAGAGCAGCUCUCUUAUGAAGACCCCGACAAGAAAAUCUACCACCUGUGUAUUGUCAACCUGGUGAUAGGAACCCUGUAUUGUGCCAAAGGAAAUUAUGACUUUGGUAUUUCUCGAGUGAUCAAAAGCUUGGAACCUUACCACAAAAAGCUGGGAACUGAUACGUGGUAUUAUGCCAAAAGAUGCUUUCUGUCCUUAUUAGAAAACAUGUCAAAACACAUGAUUGUGUUUCGUGACAGCGUUAUUCAAGAAUGUGUCCAGUUUCUAGAGCAAUGUGAGCUGUAUGGCCGGAACAUACCUGCAGUUAUUGAACAACCGCUGGAAGAAGAAAGACUGCAUAUUGGAAAGAACACAGUCACAUAUGAAUCCAGACAGCUAAGAGCUUUGAUUUAUGAGAUAAUAAGGUGGAAUAUGUAAUUAUGGCUGAUAAUGGCUUUUAUCAGACUGGCUUUGUUAUCUCUAUCUAGUAUGUAGUUAUAUUUGACUUUAGUCUUUGGGAUCUUUAGAUUUGUUAUAUGUCAAACUUUGUACUGUUUAUAAUUAUAAGAAUUAGAAAUGCUUUGGAUAAACCCAUGAGUAUGAUAAAAAAUCAUUUAAAAAGCUGGUAGAGGGGAAGGUGUAGCUAAAGGAACUUGUUAGGACUGGGUUCUCAUUCCUUUGUUAUCUUUGUGUUUUGCUGUGUCUUAAGGAACCUCUGUGUAUGGGUUAUAUCAUUCAGGGACUCAGUGGUAUCAGGGCUAGGUAGGACUCUAAUUAAAGUAGAGCGUUUCUGGGCUUUAAUAAUCACUUCAGGGAUUCAUGGUCUAUUCUCAUUUACCCUACUAAUUUGUUAUGUUUAUCUUUCACAUAGAUUUUAGAAUAUUCUGGCAGGAUAUUCCAAUACUCAAAUUUCACCUCUCCCCCUUAGGUUUUAGAUUUUUUUAGCAUGUAAAAUUCAGUGGGUAAACGUGUGUCCUCACAGAAUUAUGGUACUCUGGCAUAGAGACAAUAAACAAUUGACAAAGAAACAAA